CUGGCAAACCGACUGGACCUUGUAGCAACUUUCUGAGUGCGCCUAUACAACCGUUAUUACGACUGUAAACUACAAACAGCAUGGCAGCCUCCAUAAAGAGCGUUUGUGUUACAUAGCAGGAAGCUUGGUGUUUCCACAAGGAUCUUGAUCUUUCUUUGAAUCUCAGUUUCUUCUUACAUCAUUCUGGGAAUUAAACAAAACGCCUCCUUCGUCUUCUGCCAAAUAAUUUGUGUUCCCCCCACAUGUUGACAAAGAAGCUUCCCCCCUUGAACAGUUUCCUGUCACUGGUCUCCAGACGUGCCAGUCACGUCACCCGACAGCAGUAUGAUGUCAUUGUUGUGGGUGGGGGUCACGCAGGUACCGAGGCGGCGGCGGCAGCAGCCAGAGUGGGAGCUAAGACACUGCUGGUCUCACAGAAAAUACAAACCAUUGGUGCCCUGUCCUGUAACCCGUCUCUGGGAGGAGUAGGGAAGGGUCAGCUGGUGAGGGAGGUAGAUGCUCUGGAUGGGCUGUGUGGUCGAGCAGGAGACUGGGCUGGGAUCCAUUUCUCCAUCCUGAAUCGUAGUAAAGGCCCCGCGGUGUGGGGCCCGAGGGCCCAGCUGGACCGGCAGCGCUACCGUGAAUUUAUUCAGUCGGAGCUGCUGUCCACUCCCAGGCUGACGGUGUUGGAGGGCUCAGUGGAGGAGCUGCUGGUAUCAGAAACAAACCCAGAGCAGCCUGGACACCACCGAGUCACCGGGAUACUGUUGGCGAAUGGAAGCCACCCGGUCUCAGCCAGCUCCGUGAUUCUGACUACUGGAACUUUCUUGUCUGGCUCCCUCUUCAUUGGUCAAAGCACGUCCCCCGGGGGUCGGAUAGGUGACGCUCCGUCGAGUUCUGGGCUGUCCCACACACUGAAGGAGAGGCUGGGGCUGAGGGUAGGCAGACUGAGGACCGGUACGCCUCCCAGGAUUUUGAGGGAUUCUGUCGAUUUUUCCCUGGCUGUCGUUCAACCCCCUGACGGUCAUCCAACUCCGUUCAGCUUCCUGAAUACACGCACACACUGCAAGCCUGAAGAGCAGCUGCCGUGCCAUCUGACCUACACUACUCCUGGUGUAGAGAGAGUGGUGAAGGAUAGUCUCCAUCUCAACUGUCACAUACAGGAAGACGCCAAGGGUCCCAGAUACUGCCCCUCCAUUGAGUCGCGAGUACUUCGAUUCCCGGGUCGACGGCACCAGGUGUGGCUUGAGCCUGAGGGGUUGACCUCUGACCUUUUGUACCCUCAGGGUCUGUCCAUGACCAUGCCCCCUGACGUACAGCUCAGCCUCAUCAGACAGAUCCCUGCCUUGCACAGAGCUAAGAUCCACACACACGGUUAUGGUGUGCAGUAUGACUUUGUGUGUCCCACUCAGCUGAGCCCUGCCCUUCAGGUAAAAAACACCCAGGGGCUUUUUCUGGCCGGUCAGAUUAACGGAACAACGGGAUACGAGGAAGCUGCUGCACAGGGCCUGUGGGCGGGGGUGAACGCUGCCCGCUGUGCGCUCUCCAUGCCUACAGUGUCGUUGUCUCGCACUGAGAGUUAUAUCGGAGUUCUCAUUGAUGAUCUGGUGAGUCGAGGCGUUACAGAGCCCUACCGCAUGUUCACCAGCCGGGCUGAGUUUCGAACCGCUCUGAGGCCGGACAACGCUGACAUGCGCCUCACUCUGAAAGGGUUUGAGGAGGUGGGAUGCGUGUCCACUUUGCGCUACCAGGAGGCUGUGAGAGUGAGGGACAGUCUGCAGGAUGCACAGGCAACCCUGCAGGCUCUCUCUCUGUCCUCCAACAGUUGGAAAAAGCAGCUGCCCGACAUACAGAUCAGUGAGGUCAAGAACACCGUAAUGACCGGUAUGGAGGUUCUGCAGUACAACAACGUGUCCUUUGAAAUGUUGGCAUCUGCCUUCCCAGAGAGCCUCUCGCGUCACAUGGAAUUCUCACAAAGACUCAAGAUAGAGGCUGUGUACAGGCCUCACUGCAACCUACAGAAGAAAGAGAUUGAGAGAAUUCAAAAGGAGGAGAACCUGUUGCUCCCACAUGACAUGGACUAUUUGUCUCUGCCGGUGUCUAUGUCUCAGGAAGUCAGAGAGAUUUUGGACAGAGUUCGACCCAGCACUCUGGGUGCUGCUACACGUCUGCAGGGUAUUACUCCAGCUGCAAUCGUGCAUCUCCUCAACUACGUACGCAGCGCAGAACUAAGGGAGAGACGGAAACACAGAAAGCAGCAAAAGGAGGAGAGAGAAGAGGAGCUGUGUGCAGCAAAAGCAUCUUUACCAUAGUGAAAUGACCACUCGUAAAAUGUUUUGUAAAAAAGUAUGUAUUCCUGAAAAUGUACAAGAGAAUAAGUUAUGGUAUUUGUAUAUGUUUACUUUAGAUGAAAACUCUUUAUAGUGUAAGAAAAUAAACAUUCUUUCAUACA